AUAAAAGAAGGCAAAUCAAAGGUUGCCUGCUCAGUGGAUGUUCCAUCCUCACAGGCAACGUUAGAGCGCAAUUCAAAAGGAAAUAAGAAAACAGCAGCAUCUAAGCAAAAGGAAAACAGAGCGAAAUUUGCCGCCUUGUGAAAAUGUUUAGAAUCAGUUGUUAGACACCGAAAGAUAAGCGAGUGCUCUGAAGAUAAGUGCGCCAAUUGGGUGAAGUGAUUUAAUUAGUUGAAAUUGUAAACUGCGAUUGAAAGCCGCCCGAAGAUGCGACCCAGAGGCAAGGAAAACAGGCGACUUUUGGUGCUGCCGCUGCUGCUACUCCAAUUAAUCUGCAAUUGCCGAGAGGCAGCGGCACUGCCAGACAUCAUCAAGAUUGGUGGGCUCUUUCAUCCCUCCGACGACCAUCAGGAGCUUGCCUUCCGCCAGGCCGUGGACCGCAUCAACGCCGACCGCUCCAUUCUGCCGCGCUCCAAGCUUGUGGCCCAAAUCGAGCGCAUCUCCCCCUUCGACAGCUUCCAUGCCGGCAAACGGGUUUGCGGUUUAUUGAACAUUGGUGUCGCUGCCAUAUUCGGACCACAAUCCUCGCAUACCGCCAGCCAUGUACAGAGCAUUUGUGACAACAUGGAAAUACCACAUUUGGAGAAUCGCUGGGACUACCGACUGAGGCGGGAGAGUUGCCUGGUGAACCUUUAUCCGCAUCCUAAUACACUCUCAAAGGCUUAUGUGGAUAUUGUACGGCAUUGGGGCUGGAAGACAUUCACCAUAAUCUACGAGAACAAUGACGGCAUCGUGCGAUUGCAGGAGCUGCUCAAGGCACACGGCAUGACACCGUUUCCUAUUACAGUGCGCCAGCUAAGCGACAGUGGGGAUUACCGUCCUCUGCUGAAGCAAAUCAAGAACUCAGCCGAGGCGCACAUUGUCCUGGACUGUUCCACGGAACGCAUUCACGAGGUACUCAAGCAGGCGCAGCAGAUCGGAAUGAUGAGCGACUACCAUAGCUAUCUGGUUACAUCGCUGGAUCUGCACACCGUCAACCUGGAUGAGUUUCGGUAUGGCGGCACGAAUAUUACCGGAUUUCGGCUAAUCAACGACAAGAUCGUCUCGGAUGUGGUGCGCCAGUGGAGCAUCGAUGAGAAGGGCCUGCUGCGAUCGGCCAAUCUGACCACAGUGCGCUCGGAGACGGCUCUGAUGUACGAUGCGGUGCAUCUGUUUGCCAAGGCACUGCACGAUCUGGACACCUCGCAGCAGAUCGACAUUCAUCCGAUCAGCUGUGACGGCCAGAGCACCUGGCAGCACGGCUUCAGCCUGAUUAACUACAUGAAGAUCGUCGAGAUGAAGGGCCUCACCAAUGUGAUCAAGUUCGAUCAUCAGGGCUUUCGCACCGACUUCAUGCUGGACAUUGUGGAGCUGACCCCAGCGGGUAUACGCAAGAUCGGCACCUGGAACUCCACCCUACCCGAUGGCAUCAACUUUACGCGCACCUUCAGCCAAAAGCAGCAGGAAAUUGAGGCGAAUCUGAAGAACAAAACGCUAGUGGUGACCACCAUACUGAGCAAUCCGUAUUGCAUGCGCAAGGAAUCGGCGGUGCCGCUCAGUGGCAACGAUCAGUUCGAGGGCUAUGCAGUGGAUCUCAUUCAUGAGAUCUCCAAGUCUCUAGGUUUCAACUAUAAAAUACAACUGGUACCCGAUGGCAGCUACGGCAGCUUAAAUAAGUUAACGGGAGAAUGGAAUGGGAUGAUACGGGACCUGCUGGAGCAGCGUGCAGAUCUGGCCAUAGCGGAUCUCACCAUCACAUUUGAGCGGGAACAAGCUGUGGACUUUACCACACCUUUCAUGAAUCUGGGUGUAUCCAUUCUGUACCGCAAACCCAUCAAGCAGCCGCCCAACUUGUUCUCCUUUCUGUCGCCCUUGUCGCUGGACGUUUGGAUCUAUAUGGCCACAGCCUAUUUGGGUGUCUCCGUGCUGCUCUUCAUUCUGGCCAAGUACGUUGAAGUAAUUAAUAUUUUAUUUGCUACGAAAAAUGUUUUUUUUUUACAAUUCACGCCGUACGAGUGGCCAGCCUACACCGAUGCCCAUGGCGAAAAGGUGGAGAGCCAGUUCACGCUGCUCAACUGCAUGUGGUUUGCCAUUGGAUCGCUGAUGCAACAAGGCUGCGACUUUCUGCCCAAGGCUUUAUCCACUCGCAUGGUGGCGGGCAUUUGGUGGUUCUUCACCCUGAUUAUGAUCUCCUCGUACACUGCCAAUUUGGCUGCCUUUUUGACUGUCGAACGCAUGGACUCGCCCAUCGAGAGUGCCGAGGACUUGGCCAAGCAGACGCGAAUUAAAUACGGCGCCCUCAAGGGCGGCAGCACAGCGGCUUUCUUUAGGGACUCGAAGAUCUCCACAUAUCAGCGCAUGUGGUCGUUCAUGGAAUCAGCUCGUCCCUCCGUCUUCACAGCCAGCAAUGGCGAAGGCGUCGAGCGUGUGGCCAAGGGCAAAGGUUCGUAUGCAUUUCUGAUGGAGUCCACAUCCAUUGAGUAUGUGACCGAACGCAAUUGCGAAUUGACGCAAGUCGGCGGCAUGUUGGACACCAAAAGCUAUGGCAUUGCCACACCACCAAAUUCACCUUACCGCACUGCCAUCAAUAGUGUCAUACUCAAGCUGCAGGAGGAGGGAAAGCUGCAUAUACUGAAAACCAAAUGGUGGAAGGAGAAACGCGGCGGUGGCAAGUGCCGCGUGGAAACCUCCAAGUCAUCGUCGGCGGCCAACGAACUGGGCCUGGCCAAUGUGGGUGGUGUUUUUGUGGUGCUAAUGGGCGGCAUGGGCGUGGCCUGUGUCAUAGCUGUCUGUGAGUUUGUAUGGAAGUCACGCAAGGUCGCUGUCGAGGAGCGUCUCAGUGCGAUUCUCAAUGAAUGAGAAAAGUCAUAAACCCGGGAUGAAUGGGUUUAAAGCAGAUGAAGCAAAAUCGAGUACGAGUAUGGGUAAUGGAACUUCAAUCAAAAAUGCAAGUAAAAGUGGAAAAUGUGCAAUCCCAUAGAGAGCAUAAAUCAAGAACAAUACGAUUAAAUACACGUAUGUAUGUCGCCCGAUGUCGCUAUCCCACGCAGUCGUAGUACUUAGAUUUUCAAUAUAUAUUCAAUAUUUUUGGGAAUUACAUAUGUAGAUUGUACGCUGCCACAAGGAGAGCCACCCACGAAUAUUUGAACAACGUUCAAAAAUGCGACAAGAAUCAAGAAAUAAAACAAGCAAACAAACCAAACAAACCAAACAAACA